CCGCGGCAUCGAGCUCAUCGCGUCCGAGAACUUCACCUCCGCGCCCGUGAUGGAGGCUCUGGGCUCGUGCCUCACCAACAAGUACUCCGAGGGUCUCCCCGGCGCGCGCUACUACGGCGGCAACGAGAACAUCGACAAGGUCGAGAUCCUCUGCCAGGACCGCGCGCUCGCCGCUUACCGCCUCGACAAGUCCAAGUGGGGCGUCAACGUGCAACCUUACUCCGGUUCCCCCGCCAACAUGGCCGUGUACACCGCGCUCCUCAACCCCCACGACAGGAUCAUGGGCCUCGACCUUCCCUCGGGCGGCCACCUCACCCACGGGUAUUACACCGCGAAUGGCAAGAAGAUCUCCGCCACCUCCAUCUUCUUUGAGUCCCUCCCCUACAAGCUCGACCCGGCCACCGGCUACAUCGACUUCGCCAAGCUCGAGGAGAAGGCCAUGGACUUCAGGCCCAAGAUGAUCAUCUGCGGCGGCUCCGCGUACCCCCGCGACUGGGAGUACGCCAAGUUUCGCGAGAUUGCGGACAAGUGCGGCGCCAUGCUCAUGAUGGACAUGGCCCACAUCUCCGGCCUCGUCGCCGCCGAGGAGCAGGCGCAGCCCUUCGAGUACUGCGACAUCGUCACCACCACCACGCACAAGUCCCUCCGCGGCCCGCGCGCGGGCAUGAUCUUCUUCCGCCGCGGUCCCAGGCCCUCCAAGAAGGGCGAACCCGAGGGCAUGACGUACGACUACGAGUCCCGCAUCAACAUGGCUGUCUUCCCCGCGCUCCAGGGCGGGCCCCACAACCACCAGAUCGGCGCGCUCGCGGUGGCGCUCAAGCACGCCUCGGGCCCCGAGUUCAAGAGGUACCAGCAGCAGGUGAAGGCGAACGCCCGUGCGCUCGCGUCGGCUCUCAUGUCCAAGGGGUACAAGCUCGUGACGGAUGGCACCGAUAACCACCUCGUGCUCUGGGACCUUCGCCCCUGUGGCCUGACCGGAUCCAAGAUGGAGACCAUCUGCGACAUGCUCCACAUCACCCUCAACAAGAACGCGGUGUUUGGUGACGCCUCGGCGCUCACCCCCGGCGGCUGCCGCAUCGGCGCGCCGGCCAUGACCUCCCGCGGCCUCAAGGAGAACGAUUUCGAGAAGAUUGCCGACUUUCUCCACAAGGCGGUUGAGCUCGCGCUGGAGGUGCAGGCGAGCCACGGCAAGAUGCUCAAGGACUGGAAGCUGGGCCUCGAGGGCAACCCCGCGGUUGAUACCCUCCGCGCGGAGGUGGAGGCGUUCGCCGAAUCCUUCCCGAUGCCGGGAUUCACCCGCGAGUCCGUCGACAUCUAAAGCGCCGGAACCGCGCUGAAUUCUUUUCUACGAAGGUACUUUUAUUACGCACUUAGCACAGUUGGGGGGCGCUCGCCCGGGCGCCCCCGAGGGUCACGCAGCGCUUGCAUAAAAGAACUUGUAACACCAGAAGCUGGGACGUGACUCUAGCUUUUUAAUCGAUUUCUAUGAACGCCAUCA